CAUGGAGAAAUCUUUACUGAUCACCAACCUGAAUCCAGAACAGUCCCCAUCUUUCCGUGGACAGAAUGAGAGGCCUUCUGUAACCAGGCAUAACUGGCCAUCAUGGGCAAAUUAAUGAGGGUGCGCAGGCAGGAGAGGAGGUCACUCCGGCCAAAGCGGCUUCACUGGGGUCGCCUCCUCUUCCUACUGGGAAUGUUGAUUGUCGGGUCCACCUACCAGCGGCUGAGGAGCCCCUGGGGCCUCCCCUCACUGUGGGCGGUAGUCUCUUCCCACCACCCUGUAAAGCUGGCCAGCCGGGACCUCCCCGACCACAAGGUAAUGGGGGCGAGCAGCGACCCUCCGAGGGCCAUCUCUGCCAUGGAGGGUGGGACGCUGGCGCCCCAAGCCACGGCGAGCAGGGACGAAGCAACACCUGGCAUAACAACGCAGAACGCCGCCAGCACACCCGGAAGAACAGCCGCCGUCCCCCCAGCAGCACCCAGGAUCAGCUCCAGCCCAGCAGCAGCCCGCACGCAAAGAGCGGAGGAACGCCGCACAACCCCACCGCGGGGAGGACUGAAUCCCUCCACCCAGACUUCAGGCGGGCCGACGGUGGAGAAUCAGACCCCAGCAGCACCCAGGGGAGAAGUGGGCAGCUACCGCCCCAGUCCUGCCAGGGCAAAGGCGACGAGGGGCACGCCACCCCCGCUUGGGGGAACAGCAGGCAGUUAUGCUGCCUCCGCGCCCGUGACAGUGACAAGGAGCCGCGGGCUCACCCUCGGAACAACCGGGAGAGACAGUGUAAGUGUGGCAACCGUACUGGAGACGAGCCCUUCGGGGAGGACUGCGGAGGAAACCACCCCGACGACUCUGCAGGGAAUAAUCGGUCGCAUCUCAGCUUCCCUGAUAAAUGACGUAGCGACAAACAUCUUGACUUCUCCGAGGAGUCUGGUGGAAAAGGACAGCCUGACUACCCCCAGAAGAGUGGACAACAGCAGGUCAACCAACCCCGGGGGGCUGGUGGGAAAGAACGACCUGGCAGCUCCCGUGGGGACGGCCCUGCGGCACCCUGCAGCCAGCUCCGGGGGGCAAGUGACGGUAAGCACCAUGACAGGCAGUGGCCUGGCAGAAACUAAAGCCUCUGCUGCCGCCCGGAGUAUUGGGAAUCCCUCACCCAGAACCAGUGUACCCACCACCGGAAUAUCCUCAGCGACCUUUUGGGGGCUGGCAAAGAAACCUUCCACAGCUCCCAGCACCGUAGCACCCCUCAGAGUCAGCACAAGUCCUAGCACCCAGGUCCAUCACCGUGUGGUUGUGGAGCCGGCCCCAGCCUUGCCCGCUGUCCCCUCCCCCAGCCUGACAACGGCCGUGACCCCAGAGACGCCCAGUCCCCAUCCCUCGGCGCUGCCGCCUGGCCUGCCAGACCUUCACCCCAAGGCACAGUACCCCCCAGACCUGUUCAGCGUGGAGAAGCGGCAGCAGGGCUGGGUGGUCCUACACAUCUUUGGCAUGAUGUACGUGUUUGUGGCCUUGGCCAUUGUGUGUGACGAGUACUUUGUCCCAGCCCUGAGUGUCAUCACAGACAAGCUGCAGAUCUCCGACGACGUGGCCGGUGCCACGUUCAUGGCUGCCGGAGGCUCUGCCCCUGAGCUCUUCACCUCCCUCAUUGGUGUCUUCAUCUCCCACAGUAACGUGGGCAUUGGUACCAUCGUGGGCUCUGCUGUGUUCAACAUCCUCUUUGUCAUCGGCACCUGCGCCCUCUUCUCCCGGGAGAUCCUCAACCUCACCUGGUGGCCCUUGUUCCGUGAUGUCUCCUUUUACAUUGUGGACCUGAUGAUGCUCAUCCUUUUCUUCGUGGACAGCCUCGUGGCCUGGUGGGAGAGCCUGAUGCUGCUCCUGGCCUAUGCCCUCUACGUGGUCACCAUGAAGCAGAACAAGCAGCUAGAGCUCUGGGUGAAGGAGCAACUCAGCAGGAGGCCAGCCACCAAGAUCAUGGCCCUCGGGAACCUCAGCAAGCUCCCGGCAGCGCUGACCCGAGGGAGCAGCUCCGCCUCUCUGCACACCAGCACCAUCCGCAGCACCAUCUACCAGCUCAUGCUGCACAGCCUGGACCUGCUGGGGGAAGCCCGGCCCUCCAAGGACAAGGAGGAGGAUGGCUUGGAUCAGGAGGCCAAAGCCAAGCCUCAGGCUAAAGCAGAGGGCACACCAGAAGAGGAGGAGCCAGCCAAGCGCCCUGCGGUCACAGUCACACCGGCCCCUGCUCCAGCUGUCACGAGAGAUCAGGAGGAGGACCCUGGCUGUCAGGAGGACGUGGCUGGAGCUGAGAGCGCAGGUGAGGUGAGAGGUGAAGAGGCGGACGCUUCUGGUGAAGGUGAGAACGGACAGCGAAGCGGAGGUGAAGGUGCAACUGAAGCAGGACAAGGAGAUGGUGCAGCGGAAGGUGGACGCCAAGCAAGAGAGGACGGGAAAGAGAAAGGUGAUGACGGAGAAACCGAAGAGCAGGAACUCAAUGCUGAAAGUGAUGAGGAGUGUACAGAUGGCGAGAAGGGAGAUGAUGGAGGUGAGGGUGAAGAUGAGGAGGAGGAAGAGGAGGAGGAGGAGGAGGAGGAGGAGGAGGCGGAGGCAGCCGAGGCGCCUCUGUCCCUGGCGUGGCCUGACACCAGGCAGAAGCAGGCCGCUUACCUCUUCCUCCUGCCCAUCGUGCUCCCGCUGUGGCUGACGGUGCCCGAUGUCCGGAGGCUGGAGUCUAGGAAGUUUUUUGCUAUCACCUUCCUGGGAUCCAUCAUGUGGAUAGCCAUGUUCUCAUACCUCAUGGUAUGGUGGGCUCACCAGGUUGGUGAAACAAUAGGCAUUUCUGAAGAGAUCAUGGGUUUGACAAUCCUAGCGGCAGGCACGUCAAUUCCUGACCUCAUCACCAGUGUGAUAGUUGCCCGGAAAGGCCUGGGAGACAUGGCUGUGUCAAGCUCUGUGGGCAGCAACAUAUUUGAUAUCACCGUGGGACUACCUGUCCCCUGGCUGCUUUUCUCUCUCAUCAAUGGAUUACAGCCCGUCCCCGUCAGCAGCAAUGGCUUGUUUUGUGCAAUUGUCUUGCUUUUUCUCAUGCUCCUGUUUGUGAUUUCUUCAAUUGCAUCCUGCAAAUGGAAAAUGAACAAGAUCCUUGGCUUCACAAUGUUCCUCCUUUACUUUGUAUUCCUGAUAAUCAGUGUGAUGUUAGAAGGUCGAAUCAUAUCCUGUCCUGUAUCUGUCUGAGUCAGAGUCACUGUUACGCACAAUGGACGUGGGUCAGAAAACCAUGCCAAAAGUGAAUGUUCUUGUUACGUGAAUGAAUGAACAUGGUUCAGGGGAGUGAACUGGGUGGCCAACAGCCUUGAUGAGAAUGUGUUCUGGGACUGAAUGUUCUCCUUGGGAGCACCUGCAGCUCCCUGUGAAUGAAGAAUCUCACCUCUGGAGGGGUGGAGUUCCUACCCCUGACCAUGGAGGCCAGCAGCAGGACCCCUGGAGUCAGAGGGUUUUCUAAAUGAGAGAUACUUGGGGGUAAGUGUUGCGACAAACAGGAGCAAUAAGACAAGCUCCCAUGCUCCCGGUUUCUUCAUCAUCCAAAAAAGACAGAUGUGACCGACCACUCCCCCUCCUGACCUCUGUCCCAGGCACACAUUGCAAUCUGCUGUCUACUCUUUUUCUGUUCGAAACAUGAGGUUCUAUCAGAUCUACAGUCAUUAUAGGUCCAGUUAUUGGUGAGUUUAAGAAGCUAGGGCUAUAGGGAAAAGAAGUAUAACAAGGAUAGUCCCGUAAAAUGUGUACCAAUGAUACAUAGCUUAAAAGGACUACAUUAGCUCUUAUUAUUGCACUUCUGAAAGGUGAAAUUAAACUAAGUUGCCCAAGAUAAUAAAAUUUGUAAUUUGCCUUUGAAUUGGAAGGCAUGGAUAUUAGGGAAGGCAAAGCACUCUAAGGGCUAACAAUCGUUCUAACAAUGUUUAAAAGUAUGUACUUAUCAGAAAAACCAAGUUAGGGUUGUCUCCAUUAAGUGGUCACCUUGAGGAAUUAGAUAUUCUAAUGAAGCUGCCCUGGCCCUGCCCCUCCAGCAUAUUCUCACUCAGCAGAGACAGCUGCUGCUCGCGAGGGCGAGGGGAAGGAAGUUUAAGAGUCUGAAGUCAGCAGGGCAAGUCUGGUUUAUAAAGUAAGAGAUCCAGUGGUGCAAUGCUAUGUUUGUAUGUCAACUUAGAUUGGAUUAUAAAGCAAGUAGAUUGAUUUUUUAAUGUGAUUUACAAGUGGAUCUUAAGGCGAUUACAAAGGAAAAUUUCCAACAAUGCUUAAGACACUUAUGACAUAUUGAAAAAAGAAUAUUAUGACUUCCAAGGUAGCUAGUGUAAAGGACACUUGUGCUUUCAAAGACUGUGUGGUUAUUGAAACAUUUUGUGUGGAAUUUGCAAUGCUGAUCUAUUAAAUACCACUGCUUGCUGCUUUUACUAGCAUCAAGCUAAGCGACACAUGAAGUGAAACAGUUCUAUGUCCCUGGUUUCAGAAAAGCAGCUCAGGUGACUGUGGAUUAUGAUGGUAAAUAGGGUUUUAAUUACAAACAUGAGAGAGGAUUCACUGAAGACUAGAAGAUAGCAGGACAGCUGUGAUGUGAACAAAAAAAACCAUUCUGGUGUUGAAGGGCUGUGUUCAAAGUACUUCAGUCCAUAACCCAUCUCCUGAGAUGGGCUUGCUAAUUAAUGGCCUCACUACCCCAGGAUUCUCAUUCUUGGAAGUGACUUUUAUUAAAUUUUAAUAAACUGGA